AUGGCCUCUAAUCAUGAACGAUCCGAGUCGCAUUCCGAUAAGGCUAGUCUCAACUGCUUUGAUGAUAGUCUCCCUCAAGUCGAUGCUGGCAAAGAGCACAAGCUUCGAACCGAUCAUAUCAUCGCACCCGCGGGAACUACCGAUCUCAAUGAUGUCAACCUCUACGGCUACAACCCUUGGGAGGCCCAGAAGGAGGCGAAGGAGCAGGACUUUGUCGAUUUGAAGACCAUGGGUUGGUUCGUGGCUGCUCUGGUAUCUAUCGCCGAGAGCAUGGGUACCGGUCUUUUGAACUUUCCUAACACGUUUUACCAACUCGGUAUGGCCGGUGGUGUCAUCGCUACCGCUGGUGCAGCGCUUCUGACUUACUUCGCCGGGUGUAUGAUGGUCGACUUUCGAAACCGUCAUCCCGGUGUUGUUUCUUACCCCGACGCUGGUGCUGUUAUGUUUGGCAAAUGGGGGCGUAUCAUCUUCGGUGCUGGUCUGGUAGUCAAGACCAUGACUGUUGCUGGUUCCCACGCUUUGCUCGUCCAGACUCCAGACCGCCUUGAACUACCUUUCAAGCCACGCUAUCUGCGGCGUCUGGUGGGCGUUGUUGAGCUGACAAUGUCGCAGAUGUCCAUCAGCCAAGAGUGGAAGAAAACCCACAUAUUGUCAGCAAUCUCCAUCAUUUGUCUCUUCAGCUCUUCAUUGAUCGUCCUUGGCGGUGUCGCCACACAACCCGCGCCAGUGCUUGUCAAGAAGGGUGUACCCAUUGUGUGGCAUGCUACUCCGAAGAACCCCACCUUGAUCAGCAUGAUUACAGCCAUCUCCAACAUCGUUUUCGCACUGGGCGGGAACUCUGCGGCUUUCACCUUUUGCGCUGAGAUGAAGAAUCCCAACGACUUCAAGAAUUUUUUGGCGUUGGUGCAAGGUGCGGGCUUUAUCAUGUACAUAACCAUCGGCGCUGGUAUCUACGCUGCUGGCGGUCAAUACGUCAGCAGUCCCGCCUUCAGCAUGACUCAGCGACCCGUGCAAAUCGCCGCCUGGUCCGUCGCCUUGGUCACCCUCAUGAUCUCCGCUUGCGUUCGUCCCCUCUCCUCACGAGCAAAGGCAUACGAGCUCAGCUCAUUUGGAUCGGAUUCGUCACCGGCAUCUGGGCUGUUGGGUUCAUUUGCCUGUCAACUUAUCCCAUUCUUCUCCCCCUUGACCACUAUUAUCGGAUCCGUUUUCACCACCUGGUUCUCCAUUGGUUUCUGCGGUGUCAUGUGGUUUUACAACCAGCACCCGUACUUUGCCAAGCUAGGAGAGGUCCGCAAGCUCGACACCCCUCUCAAGUGGUUCCUGUUCUUUGUCGCAUCGUUCUGCCUCCUCUUCGUGUCGUCAUUACCCCUCUUGGUAUUUACACAGCUGGGAUCAGUAUCAGAAACGGGGUAG